CUAGAGCUAGCCCAUGGCUUUUUUUUCCCCACAUUUUAUGGGGCUUAGUUUUAGUGUCACUCUCCCUCCAUAUAAAAGCAACACCAACUCCCCAUUUACUUCAUCAAAAUUCAAACACAUCAAAACAUCAGUUUUACUUCCCAUCAAGUUUAAGAGUGUUCUUAUUAAGUUUACAGAAGAAGAUAUCAAUAUGAGCAGUUCAUCAUCACCAGCAGCAAGGAGAGGUUGGGUGGUGGCAGCAAGUGUUGGAGUUGUGGAGGCCUUGAAAGACCAAGGGAUCUGCAGGUGGAAUUAUACUAUGAGAUUAAUGCAGCAGCAUGCAAAGAGCCAACUUGGGUCUUUUUCUCAGGCUAACAAGCUCUCUUCCUCAUCCUCUGCUCUGGUUUCAAGCAAGCUUAGAGAUGAGAAGGUGAAGCAGUCUGAAGAGUCUCUCAGGAAAGUCAUGUACCUCAGCUGCUGGGGACCCAAUUGAUUUCAGCAACUACAUAAUUUGUAGCUGAAGAACAUGAUCAAUACAAUUUGGCACUGAAGGCAGGCUUGGAUUACAAAUUUUCAAGUUUUGAGGCAUGGGAUGAUGAUAGCUGGAAACAUGUGGUUAAGUUGACCAUGGUUGGUGUAGGAUUUGCAGCCUGAAGAAAUUUUGUUUGUUUACAAAAUUAUUGUAAAUUGUAAAUGUCUGAGUUCUCUAUGAUAUAUACAAUUAGUAUGAAAAUUGAUAUGUCAUCUGAUCAUUAGCCCUAACCA